CUCGUCAGAGCCCCGAUCUAUAUAAGAACCUAAGGAGAGAGGCAGAGACCACCCAUUUCCCGAGUCACAGACUGGCUGGCGCGGGGGAGAAACGGGUUCGCCGUGCAGAACCUGAAGCUAUCGCGCAAGGACAUCGCCCGCGUCUUCGCGAGCUCCUCACGCGCCUUUCCCGAGACCGCGGGGACUUCGGGCCGACGCUGCCGCCUCCCGGGUCCGAUGGGAACCACAGACCCGGCCCCGCACUUCGCAGCCCGCCCCGCAGCUCCGGAGGAAGGCGGGCCCCGAACCGGCCCCUCGCGCCCCCCACGCCCCCGCGCGAGCGCAAGCCGCCGGCGGAAGUGCUGCGUCGUGCACUUCCGGGUGUUGUCUGACCGCCGUCGCGCGUCUCGGGUCUCCACCGCCCGGGUCGUGGAGCCAGGAGCAACGUCACCGCCAUGGCGGGCAUCAAAGCUCUCAUUAGCUUGUCAUUUGGAGGAGCAAUUGGCCUGAUGUUUUUGAUGCUGGGAUGUGCCCUUCCAAUAUACAACCAAUACUGGCCCCUCUUUGUUCUGUUUUUUUACGUCCUCUCACCCAUUCCAUACUGCAUAGCAAGAAGAUUAGUGGACGACACCGAUGCCAUGAGUAACGCUUGCAAGGAGCUCGCCAUCUUCCUCACAACAGGCAUCGUCGUCUCCGCCUUUGGACUCCCGGUCGUCUUCGCCAGAGCACACUUGAUUGAGUGGGGAGCUUGCGCCCUCGUUCUCACGGGGAACACCGUCAUCUUCGCGACUAUCCUGGGCUUCUUCCUGGUCUUUGGGAGCAACGAUGACUUCAGCUGGCAGCAGUGGUGAGCGGAGCCACCGGACUGUUGUCACAUGGACUUCUGUCAUCUGUUGGCCGUCCGCGCACAGGAGAUGGGGACCGUGAGGCUGAAUUGUCCCCAGCGCUCCCUUCUCACUCUUGUACGCCUGCUGUUUCCACGGGGACUUGCUAAGGAUUAAAAGGAUUUUCUCUUUUGGAAAA